UAAUACAGGCGAAGAAGUCCCCAUCCAAUGAUCCCAGUAAUCCAGAAUGCUUAAUAUAAACACAUCCACUGCUACAAUAUUAUUAACUAUAAUUGUAAUAGUAAGACAGUCAACAUAUUACGUCAUCUGUGGCACGAAGGUUUUCGUGGAGAGCGAUAAAACUAGUAUCUUCUUAUCUCCUCAGCGGCGAUACGCGAUUGAACCAAGGUAGCUAGCGCCGGCGCAAGUGUGGUGGAUAACACGAGCCUAUUGCAUCAGCUUACGCGAUGAGAACAAGAGCGAUUGUUGUACUGUCUGUCGUCGCCUUCGUAGCGCUUCUUAUUCCUCAGACACAUGGAAGACCCUACAGGCUCAAACGGCAGACGGACAUUCUCUUGAACCAUUACAUCACUCGGUUAAAUAAAAGGCAGAAGGUAACAAUAAUCGUACAUUGCGCUGGACUCUUCAACAUCACUGAUUGUGGACGCCGUCGACGCCGAUCUUUAGAAGUCCUGCUGCAAGAACUGCGCAGCCCAUCGGCGCAAGGAGGCCCGGACGCGUACCCUGUGCUAACUGACAACAAUGAAAACGAGGAAGAUGCGGGAGAAUUCAUAGCAUCGCAUCAAUCGCUACCGGAGUUUCUUCAUAGAGUUCAGAUCUGAGGGAGAAUCUCCCUGCAACAAAGUAACCGUAACACUCCACCUGUCUCCUGUUGUCAAACCGCAACUGCUAGAUGUGGACUUCAUCAUUAUUUAUAUUUCGAGUGAACGUGGCUGAGGUUGUGUUAUGAUAACUGCAUUCCUACUUCACUUCAUUUCAAUCACUUCAUACGUGUCAGACCCAAGUAAUCCGAAAUGGGUAAAUUCUUAGCGAGUGAAGAUUUCCCAACAAAUAAAAAAUAUGAAGAUGGCAUAUACAUAUUAAAAUUUAUUUAUUUUCCCUUCGUCUCUCCAGCUGGUGGUGUAUUCAGAAAUGAACACUAGGAAAUCAACGCUAACGUAGAUCCAGAACUGUGGUAACAGACUAUGUCGUCAUCAGGACAAUGAUGUAAUCAGGAACUGAGAGAGGUGCUUGUUCUACGCGACAGGAAGAGCGUCUUAAUAUGAAGACAUUGCAUUAUUUUUUUUCCAUUUUGUACCCAUUUCCUAUUUCAUGAUUCAUUGACAGAACUUAAUUUAUUUUAUUAUUUAUACAAUUAAAUGUAUUUUAUGUUAAGUUAAUUAUAUUUACUAAGUUAUUUUAUUAAUAUUCGAUUAUUUUUCCUCAAAGUAAUGAAGCAAGUCAUAGCUUCAUUUCUUUAUUUAUAUUUUUGUCAUUUCUGCUGGUACAUCCAGAUUCUAUAGUAUUAAUAUCAUAAGGCAUCAGUAGUAUUACGAAUUGUAUGUGUGGAGUACAUAUUGGUAUGUAUGUUAGGUAGUGCAUGUGUGAUGUUAUAAAGAUGUUAUUAAAUAAUAUUUUCUAUGUUUGAUAUUUAAUUUUUCUUAUUAAAGAAGUAAAUGAAGGGUAGAAAUAUAAUAUAAAAUUGCAGUGUGCUCAAUAUGUCCUCUGAAUAUUUAUUGCUUAUUUUAUUUAUUGUUAAAUUAUUGUCAUUAUAUACACGAGUACGCCGUAUUCGAGGUUUUAGAUGUUAUAAAUACUUUCUACCAAAUGUAUGAAGAGUAUUUCAUGUUAAUAAAUA